CCGCGCCCGGGCACGCCGCGACCGCGGGGCCCCGCUGCGAGCCGCGAUGGAGCGGCCCCGGCCCCGGUACCGGCUCCGGCUCCUGCCGCUGCUGCCGCUGCUGCUGCUCCGCGCCCCCGCGCCCGGCUCCGCGCAGGCAGUGUGUGCGGGGACCCUGAACGGGCUGAGCGUGACCGGGGACGCUCAGCACCAGUACCAGACCCUGCACAAGAUGUACAACAACUGCGAGGUGGUGCUGGGCAACCUGGAGAUCGUCCUCAUCGACCACACGCAGGACCUGUCCUUCCUGCAGACCAUCCGGGAGGUCACGGGCUACAUCCUGAUCGCCAUGAAUGUGUUCGCGGCGCUGCCGCUGCGGAACCUGCGCGUGAUCCGCGGGACCCAGUUCUACGAGGAGCAGUUUGCGCUCUUCGUGCUGCUCAACUACAACCCCAACAGCACCCACGCGCUGCGGCAGCUCGGCCUCAACCAGCUCACAGAGAUCCUGGCCGGGGGGGUUUACAUCGAGAAGAACGCGCAGCUCUGCCACGUGGACACGGUGCAGUGGGAGGACAUCCUGCGGGACCCCCGGCGCCAGCCCAUCGUGGGGGACAACGGCAAGGCCUGCCCCCCCUGCCACGAGAGCUGCGGCGGCCACUGCUGGGGACCCGGCCCCGAGGACUGCCAGAAACUGACCAAGACGAUUUGCGCCCCGCAAUGCAACGGGCGCUGCUUCGGGCGGGCGCCCAACGAGUGCUGCCACGAGGAGUGCGCGGGGGGGUGCACGGGCCCCCUGCAGACCCACUGCUUCGCCUGCCGGCACUUCAACGACAGCGGCGCCUGCGUCCCGCUCUGCCCGCAGCCGCUCAUCUACAACAAGCUGACGUUCCAGCUGGAGCCCAACCCCGACACCAAGUACCAGUACGGGGGCAUCUGCGUCCGGAGCUGCCCCCACAACUUCGUCGUGGACCAAAGCUCCUGCGUCCGCGCCUGCCCCAAUGACAAGAUGGAGGUGGAGAAGAACGGGCUCAAGAUGUGCGAGCCCUGCUCGGGGCUGUGCCCCAAGGCCUGCGAGGGCACCGGCGCCGGCAGCAGGUACCAAACCGUGGACUCGAGCAACAUCGACACCUUCAUAAACUGCACCAAGAUCCUGGGCAACCUCGAUUUCCUCAUCACCGGCCUCGAGGGGGAUCCCUGGCGCAACAUCUCAGCGCUGGACCCUGAGAAGCUGAACGUGUUCCGCACCGUGCGGGAGAUCACGGGGUACCUCAACAUCCAGUCCUGGCCCAAGCACAUGCACAACUUCAGCGUCUUCUCCAACCUCGUCACCAUCGGGGGACGGAGCCUCUACAACCGGUCCCUGCAUCCCUCCAUCCUUCCCUGUCCCUGCAUCCCCUCUUCAUCUCCGUGACCUCCCUGUGUGCGCUCGCUGCGGGAGGUGAGCGCGGGCAGGGUCUACAUCACCGAGAACCGGCGGCUCUGCUACCUGCACACCGUGCAAUGGGCGGCCCUGAGCCGGCGCCGCUACCUCGACAUCCGCAACAACAAACCCCGCAGCAAGUGCCAGCAAGAGGGCAAGGUCUGUGACCCGCUCUGCUCCGCCGAGGGCUGCUGGGGCCCCGGCCCCGCUCAGUGCCUCUCCUGCCGCCACUUCAGCCGCCGCGGGGUCUGCGUCCCCUCCUGCCGCUUCACGCAGGGGGAGACGCGGGAGUUCGCGCAGGGGGGGGAAUGCUUCGAGUGCCACCCCCAGUGCGAGCGCAUCGAGGGCAACGUCACCUGCAACGGCUCGGGCGCCGACACCUGCACCCGCUGCGCCCGGUACCGCGACGGCCCCCACUGCGUCGAGGCCUGCCCCGACGGCGUCCUGGGGGAGCGCGGCCCCAUCUACAAGUACCCGGACGGCGGGCGCGAGUGCCGGCCCUGCCACGAGAACUGCACCCGAGGGUGCCUGGGGCCGCUGCUGCGGGACUGCCUGGGGGAGGCUCUGCCCGUGUCCAGGAAGGCACCGACGGUGAUCGCGGUGACGGUGGUCGGGGGCCUCUUCCUCCUCUGCUCCUGCGUCCUCCUGGCGCUGCUCUACCUGCGCGGGAAGAAGAUCCAGAAGAAGAGGGCGAUGAGGCGGUACCUGGAGAGGGGCGAGAGCCUGGAGCCGCUGGACCCCAGUGAAAAGGCCAACAAGGUGCUCGCCCGCAUCUUCAAGGAGUCGGAGCUGAAGCGCCUCAAGGUGCUGGGCUCCGGCGUGUUCGGCACCGUGCACAAGGGCAUCUGGAUCCCCGACGGCGACUCCAUCAAGAUCCCGGUGAGCAUCAAGGUGAUCCAGGACUGGAGCGGGCAGCAGUCCUUCCACGCCGUCACCGACCACAUGCUGGCCAUCGGCAGCCUGGACCAUGCCUACAUCGUGCGGCUGCUGGGGCUGUGCCCGGGCCCGCGCCUGCAGCUCGUGACGCAGCUGCUGCCGCUGGGCUCCCUGCUCGAGUACGUGCGCAAGCACCGCGGCAGCCUCAGCCCGCAGCUGCUGCUCAACUGGUGCGUGCAGGUGGCCAAGGGGAUGUAUUACCUGGAGGAGCACCGCAUGGUUCACCGCAACCUGGCCGCCCGCAACGUCCUGCUCAAGUCGCCCAGCCAGGCCCAAGUGGCCGAUUUCGGCAUCGCCGACCUGCUCUACCCCGACGACAAGAAGUAUUUCUACAACGAGGUCAAGACCCCCAUCAAAUGGAUGGCUCUGGAGAGCAUCCACUUUGGGCAAGUACUCCGUCACCCAUGGGUGCCCUGGGUGACGCUGUGGGAGAUGAUGACCUUCGGCGCGGAGCCCUACGCCGGGAUCCGCCUGGCCGAGGUGCCCGAUCUGCUGGAGAAGGGCGAGCGGCUCUCGCAGCCCCACAUCUGCACCAUCGACGUCUACAUGGUCAUGGUGAAGUGCUGGAUGAUCGAUGAGAACAUCCGCCCCACCUUCAAGGAGCUGGCGAACGAGUUCACCCGCAUGGCGCGGGACCCCCCCCGGUACCUGGUGAUCAAGGAGAGCGGGGCCGCGGAGCCGCCGGCGCUCAGCGAGAAGGAGCUGGAGGAGGCGGAGCCGCUGGGGCCGGAGGAGGACGAGGAGGAGGAGGAAGAGGAAGGGGGGGGGGAGCUCGGCACCGGCUUCGGCCUCAGCUCCGGGCUCCCCCCGCAGCGCCCGCGGGGCAGCAGCGCCCGGAGCCCGAGCCUGCUCAGCCCCCCCGCCGGGUACAUCCCCAUGGACCAGCCCGGCCUCGGCCGCCAGCCCGGGGGGGGCCGCCCCAUGCGCCGCAGCCGCGGGGGGUCCCUGGGCCGGACCCCGCCGGAGCCGGAGCCGGGGGAGGGCGCGGGGGGGGGCGGGAGCCUGCAGCGGAACCGGCACCCGCGGGGGGGCAGCGCGGACCCGGCCCAGCCCCGGAGCCCCCCCCCCGCCGGCCCCGACGAGGACAACAACGGCUACGUCAGCCCCGGGGGCGAUCCGGACCCCCCGGUACCGGCACCGGACGAGGAGUACGAGUACAUGAACCGGCGGCCGCGGGCGGUGUCCCUGGAGGAGCUGGGUUACGAGUACAUGGAGGUGGGUGCGGAGCCGGCCCCGCUGCGGGGGCAGGAUGAGGAUGAGGACGGGGAUGAGGAGGAGGAGGAGGAGGAGGAAGAUUACGAGUACAUGAACAAGCAGCCGCGGCUCAGCCGCUCCCUGCGCACCGCGGGGUACACGGACAUGCGGCCGGGAGCGGGGCAGGGACCGGCGGCUCCGGUACCGGCUCCGGACGAGCAGGGCUACGAGGAGAUGGAGGCGGUGCUGGCCCCGCGCUGCCCCGGCUGCCGCUGCCCCCCCGCGCCCUCUCGCAAAGCGCUGCGGAGCCUCGAGGCCUCGGACUGCGCCUUCGAUAACCCCGAUUACUGGCACAGCCGCCUCUUCGCCAAGGCGGACCCGCAGCGGACGUAGGGACCGGACCCCCCAUCCCGGACCCCCCAUCCCGGACCCCCCCCAACCUCGGGACUGUUUACACUGGAUAUGAAGGAUCCCCGGCUGCGGGAUGCUCCCGAUCCCGGCCGUGAUUCCUGGGU